AUGCAUCACUUGCAGUGCCAUGGCCCUUUUCCACCCUUCUCUAUGCUCCCGGAAAGCCCCGUCGUCUCUUCGUCGCCGUCCUCCUCGUGUGCUUCUGUAGCCCAACAAUCACAACCACAACCACAACCACAACCACAACCACAACCACAACCACAACCACAACGGCAACCCCCCCGAAGAAACCUCAAACGUCGCGCCUCGCAAGGCUCCAUCCUCAAAAAACCAUCCUCCGUCUCUCGCUUCCUCUCCCGGACUUCCGGGCCCGGUUCACGAACUCUCUCCGUCGAUUCACAACUCCGUCUCUCCGCCACUCCCUCAACGCCCUCCUCCUCUCCUCCAUCGCCAAAUUCCUCCCCCGUCAUCUGGAAAGGGGAAUAUCCCUCCGCUCUUCCUCCGACGCCUCCCUCCGAACACGAUUACCACCCGGAGUGGAAUCCCAAGCCCGGGAUGCUUUUGCUCGAGCCGCAGAUUAACCAGGUUCGAGGGCCGGGUCUGGACCAGCCUUUGGACCAAGGCUCGAAUAUGGAUGUGAAUGUGAACAUGAAUAUGAAUAUGGAGAAUGCUAGUCGCCCGCCGCUUACGGUUGAUGGGCUGAGUAGUCCGUCGGAUCAGUUGUCUAGUGCUGCAGCUAGUCCGGGAUCGACGGAGAUGGAUGUUGAUUAUCAUACGUGGUUGGAGAAUGGCAUUGAUGCUGCGAUCUCGGAACUCCCAUUUUUGAACGGACGCGGGGAGGCAGUCAAGAUUGUAUCCCAGACUCUCCCAUAUCCUCGUGCUUCGGAUAAAUCGGUUACUCUUCCUACUCAUGACAGCGUGUUCUCAGCUAUGGUGCAGGCUGUCCAGAAUCGUAUGCAACAAGGUCAAUCUCCUUACAUUAACAUUACCCAUGCCGUUCCGGAGCAGUUCAGUCUCUCCAACCUUCCCACUUCUCCGCCAAGUACCCCGCUAUCUGCCGGCGAGGAUUACUUCAACUCCACGGUUUUCUCUAAUGCGGCCGUGGUGUCGACGUACCACGACUUCCGGGGCCCUGUUCUUGGGAUGCAGGCAUCACACUGGCCCAUGCCCGUGGUACCGCCGCACACGGUCCAACUUUCUGUUCUAGAGCGGUAUCUCCCUCCCUCAUCCUCUCAAGAACAUAAAGAUCUCUUCUCAUCCAGCCGCCCGUCGUAUCUGGUCGACCGGAUUUGUGAGCUUUCUCCGAACGGUGGUUCGCUGCUUUUCAUCUAUCCCACCAAGCGAGGUGGUUCUACUUUCAAGUCGCAGUAUCUGGGCCCGAUACUUGACCCGCUCCUGCGACAGCUCGUAGUAGUGAACGAGCUAUCAGCCGACGUCUCCCGUUCCCUAGGCCGACUAGCCUCUGUCUCGCAAAUGGACGACUUCGAAACAAUGAAAUCAAACCUAUCCCGACUGUGCGAGGAUCUCAGUUCGCAGUCCGCAAACUUUAGUGUCGUUGACGCACGCAAGGGCAACGCCCACCUGGACCGCAAUCUCUGGACCGAAUGGUACAUUCACCAAGAGAAAGCCCGCAUGAAGGAAGUGCUGAGCCUGUAUUGGCAGAACGGUCGUCGUCUGCCUGUCAACAAGACCAGCACAUCGUCGAACCUGUUCCUGGCUGAUAAGGAAGUUACUUCGGCCAUGCUGCUGGGUGAUAUUCUCGAUGGUAUUCGCAGACGGCCGUACGGAGAAGAGAAUGAGCAUCAGGACGGGGUUGAACUUGGUGUUUUUGUGAUUCGGAGGUCGCAGUGA